AUGGAAUCAUUAAACAAACAAAAAUCAAUUAGUCUUGAUACUCUACCUAUUCUAUUAGAAAAUCUUGCUAAUUAUCUGGAACAUUUACCAAAUUUAACAGAUGACAGUAAAUUAAAUCACUUUAUAGCCUCUGGAUGGACUGAUAUAAUUGGGCCGUUGGAUUUAUUUUUAAGAAAAUUAACCACUGUUACACCGAUACCAAUCAAUUUAGCUACAACUGUACGUAUUAUGACCUAUGUAGUACGCUCACCUGUUGCAUCGAAUUUCAAGACACUUCCGGAUACUUUUUCAAAUUUACUUCGUAUUAUUGUCGAAAAUGUACAUUUUCGUUUGACUAGUGUCAUUGAAUUAUGCUCUUUAAGUAAUCGAGUUCUAAAAGAUCGUACCAAAGCUCAGUUAAGUAGAACAAUGGUUGAUUUAUUUUAUCAAUCAAUUAAAUUUCGUGCUUGCAUACCUGAUGAAAAUUUGAUAAAAUUAUUACAAUUUAUUCUCAUGGAUGCUGGUGGUACCAUAGAACCAAAUCAAGUUGUUGAAGGUAUAACAACGUUAUUUAAUCCACAAACUUAUCAUUUAUUUCCAACUGGUGCAGCUGAAUUAAUGAGACCGCACUUACCUGAUUGUUUAGCUUUUAUAUCAGAUAUUCAUACAGUACAUAAGAUUAAACAGUCUCAAAAAUCAGCAGUUCAGUUGAACAGCGUUGGAUAUGGACUUGGUUCUUCAUCUAUGAUGUCCGGAUCUAAUCCAUGUGGUACUGGUAAUCUUGAUUCAAACACACUGACAGGCGGUGGGGGAACAACAUCUGGAAAUAUAGGUAGCAGUUUAUUUGGUGGAGGUUUUAAUUCAUCAGGAGUAUCAAACUCUGCAACAGGAGCUACAGGUGUUAAUUCUAACGUUGGGUUAGGUACAAAUAUUCCAAGCUUGCAUGAAGAUGUUUUAGGUGCACAUUUAAAAUCAGGUUUAUCUCAGUAUGUUUCAUUGGAGUUAUCCAGAUCUAGCAGUGGAAGUGACCACGAUGUCUUCCCUUUACUUGCACCCGGACUACUGUCCGAUAUAAAAACGACGAGAAGCUGUAAAAAUUCAGCACCUGGAUUACCAGCCCGAUCAAAGGCAGCCACUACUGCCUCCGGUUCGAAUGUUAAUUCAGUUGGUUUAACGGGAAAAAGUUUAAACUUAUCGUCUGAGAGUGGACAUACUGCAAAUGUGGAACAAUCGAAUGCACAAAUCAAACUUAGUAAAAAUAGUGGAUCAGUUGUAAGACAAAAUGAGCCCCAUUCAGAUAUGGCCAUUGUUGCUAUUACACAAUCUAAUGUCAGUCCUUCGAUUAGUUGUAAACCUAGCGAAACUACCUAUACACGUCCAACGAUGACAAUAACCCAAACAUCCUCGACUAAAAAGCAAGAAGUUACCAAUACAAAACUAAUUUCUUCUGCGCUUCCAAUUCCAUCACCAGCAAUUUCACAUGAUCAGGUUUCCUCUACUAACGUUACUACUUCUACUACGACUAUAUCUGUUUCAAAUUUAACUUCGCCAAAUUCUGUCACAUCUACACCUACCACACCACAAACAAUCUCUAAAGCAAUUAUAUUACAGUAUUUACCUUGGUUAAAAUCCACUCCACCUUCAUCUCAAUUAGGACCAAAAGAUUUCCUUAUUAUGGUUGAAAGAGUUCGCACAUUAUCAUGGCUUUUGCUUGGAGCCACAAUGAAUAUGGCAUUAACACGUGAAGCUACUGGUUUAUCUUGUCGUCCUAUACCAUUUAAUUUAGUUCCUUCAGUGGCAGAUUUAGUCAAAGCGUUGUUGAGUGGCUUUCCUGAUCAACAGAAACAAUCUGUCACUGUAAUGUCAUCACUGUAUCAUGUCUUUCUACUAUGUCAAGUAUGGACUAUUUAUUGUGAAACUGUUGCCAGCCUCUCACCAGUAAAUUCAAAUCAAUAUAAGGCAGCUAUGGCGACGGCAUUUGAUUUUUGGAUAAGAAUUAUGCCAACAAUAUUACGUCUCUUGUCAAUUUCUGAAGAUUUCGUAAUUGUGAGUGGUCGUCUGUUAACCGUUAUUGAAGAGCUCAUGGAAUGUCAGUCAUCAUUAGCUUCAAAGCUGUUCACAUUGUGGAUGCCGCUUUUACAUGGACGAUAUAAACAGCUUCCAGGUAAUAUGCUUAAACGCUUACAAAAAUGUGUCGAGUGGGAACCACCUGAACCAUAUAACCGAUUGUUACUCCUGCUAUCUUUACCUGAUCCACUAACUAAUAGUCGUUUGUCAUCAGGCCCAACAACAGGUCAUUGUGAAAAUUUACCACUUACAGCAAUCACUGGAAAUGCCAAUACAAUCCCAUCAUCACAUUAUGAAAAACCUUUAAUUCACUCGACUAGUUCAUCAUUGCCAGGAUGGACUGAAAGCUCUUUAUUAGCUUGCCAGGCUAAUUCAUUAAUGGGUUGUAAUUUAAUUCCAAAAUCUCUUAAAGAAUGCUUAACUGAAGGCGUUAAUUUAACCGGCAGUGCACAGUGCAUUGGACAUGCAUUAGCACCGAGUGCACCAUAUGCUAAUGACGGAACAGCUGAUGGGGUUGGUUUGGAAGCUGGUGCAAUGGGUGCUGAUUUACUAACUAGUCGUCUAGUUGCAUGGUUAAAAAAGCACAUAUUUGUACUAGGACGUAAUGAAGAUCAACAUUCUACAGCUACACAUAUUUUUGUCCAUUAA